AUGAAGCGCUCAAGCCGGACGGCUGCACGCCGCUUUGGGUUUACUGCCGAUUCCGCGUCGCCAACUUCGCCGUCAAAGCCAUCAUUUGACCACAUCUCACACCCUGGCCAAGGUGAGCCUCACAACACCCAAAACUCGCCCUUGGCUGCGUCAAGAGAUGAUGCCGAUGGCGAAAACGCAAAAACACCAAUCGUCCCUUGGAUGCGACGAGCUCGUCGCAAUAGCCUCGCUGCUACUCCCACAUACCAGGGGCCAUCAGUAAAAGACGAGCAGCACGGUGACAGUCCCGAGAAGGGCGGCCACAGUCUUCGAAAGCGCGCGCGCGUUAAUUACGCCACGGAGCACAUCGGAGAGGAUUUGUUCGCCCCAAGCUCUACAGCGCCUCGCUCAAGAAAACGCACCAAACCGUACGGGUUUGAGGAGACUGAGGAUUUUUCCGGUCCAAAGGCCAAGCGGCGGAACACCUCAUUGAGUGUGGACACACCCAGCACUCGCCGACGCAACCCUGCCCGCAAGCCGGCAGAGCCCAAAGAAUCCAAGCCGUUUCCCACCAACACCAGCUUUGGCAAUCAUUUCAACGAUGAUAACGAUAUCAUCCGCGAUACCAUCGAAGUUGGCCUGUCGCCAUCCGACAUGGAACUAGUUGACUCGGAUGAGCUCAGCAGUGUCGGCAGCUCCCCAUCUCCAAAGCAGGAGGAGGACGCAGAAUCUUCGCGUGCUCAGUCUAUUGACUUCAGGUCCAGCGAACCUACCAAAGAGCCCGAAACCAAGUAUCCUACCAUCAAGGAGACUGGGAUUGGUGCACGAGAGUCUAAUACCAAGGCAUCUCAUGCCAAGCCGGCUAUCAAGUCGAUAGAAGGCAGACCAGUCUAUAUCGCUACUAUAAAAUUCAACUUGGCGAAGGAAAUUGAGCGGGAAGCCCUGCAAAUUGCAACCAACGCAGCAACUGUAGUCGUACCGGCAGCGCCCAAGCCAACAGAUGUCAAGGAAGAUAGAGUUGAGAAGACAGAAGCAAAGGAUCCCGAGUCAAAGCCAAGCCCAGUGGAAACUAAAGCCCAGCAAACAGGCCCGGUUGAAACAGAGGUCAAACAAUCCGACGUCAAGGAAGUCAGCACCGAUGAGCCUAUUUUGAAAGAGACUGAACCCAAGAAGGUGGAUUCAGAAGUCAUUGUGCCUGAAGGAGCUACAGCUGGGCAAGCUGAAUUGAAAGAGACUCAACCUGAGCCUGUUCAACUCGAUGAUAUCACGAGCAAAACUGCUGAACCCGAAAAACCUGCGACUCAGGAUGCUGAGCUCAAGAGUCCUGAGACCAAGCUUCCGCCUGAGGAGCCUCAAGAGCCUAAAGACAAUGCCGAAGCUACUGAAGAAUCCAAAGUGGCUGAUUUUGACAUGAAGGAUGCUGAACCCGUCAUCAUUGAGAAGGACUCAGAUGCGAAGAAUGUCGAGCAUAGCACUUUGAGUACCGAUGCUCCCGAGGCUGUUCUCAAGGAGGUUGACUUGGUGGUAAACGAACCUGAGACGAAGGCCAAGGAGCCUGAAACCGAAGUAAAAGAGGCAGAACCCACGGUUGCCAACGUCCAAGAAGUUGAUGUCGCCAGUACCGAUCAUCUAGGUACCGAAGUCCAAGCCACCGAGCCCAAGAGUGCUGAAGCACAAGCUACCGAGCCCAAGAGUGCCGAAGUCCAAGCCACCGAGUCCAAGAGUGCUGAGGUACAAGCCACUACGCCCAAGAAUGCUGAGGUACAGGCCACCGAGCACAAGAGUGUUGAGGCACAAGCCACCGAGCUCAAGAUUGCUGAAGCGCAAGGCACUGAGCUCGAGAGUGCCAAACCCCAAGAGACUGAGCCCGAGAGUGCCAAACCUCAAGAGACUGAACCCGAGAGUACCAAACCCCAAGAGACUGAACCGAAGAGUAUCGAGAUUGAAGAAAACGAACCCAAAGAUAUCCCGGCCAUUGAGUCUACAAUCAAUGGCGUCGAGACCCAGGGCAGCAGGCCGGAAGAUGUUUCGAUGAAGGAUGCUGGAGUAAAUGACACCACAGUCAAGGAUGCUGAGGUCAAGGACAUUGAGCCGAAUGAUCCCGAGGCCAGAAAUGUUGAAACCAAGAGUCUGGAAGUCGGAGAUGUUGAGGCCAAAGAAUCUGAAGCCAAGGACUCCGAAGUUGAGAAGCCAAAAGUUCAGGAUGUCAAGACCCAUGAGCCCACUUCAAAAGCUGCCACACCUGAGAUUACGGAUAUCGUUGAAGACCGUCCAAUGGACACCGGAAAGACAGAAGUUUCCGAAAUCAAAAGUCAGGACACCACGCUGGAAGUAGCUUCUACUCUGGAACCAAAUCCCAUUGAGGCUGAGAUUGGUCAGAUCCAAUCACCACGUGCCGAAAUCACAAAUGAGGAGACUGAUGCGCAGAUGAAGCAAGCUGGGUCUCGCUUGGAGCAGGGCGAGGCCACCGAAAAUGAAGUCUCAGGCAUCAAAAAUAUGGCCCAAAAUCCAGUUGAGACAGAAGAUGCAGAAAUGAACGAGGCCGGUUCCUCUCAGGAGCAUCAACUCACUCAAGAAAAGCCCAACGAUAUUCCCAAUGAGGACAAUAUCGCAGAUAGCAAAGAGGGGCCCAGUAAUCAGGUUCAACAAGCCCAAUCCGAGUCCCAAGCCGAGACGACCGUUAGCUCUGCUAGCCAGGAAGUACAUUCGCCAGCUAGCAUUUCCUUUCAAAAUACAGAUACAGUUGUCACUCCUCAGACCCCUACGAAACAAGGACUUCAGUCUUGGUCGUUUUCGAACAAAUCUGAAAACAAAGAAGAGCCCGGAACAACUCCAGCUUUGUCCACUUCUGGCCAGAACAUUGUUCAAUUUCCAGAGUCACCGCAGGACACAACAAUGAUUUCUCCUCCACCAUUCAAUGAAACACCCUCUCAUGCUGUUGCCGAUAAUGAUGAUCAGGACGAGCCAGCUUUGAAUCAAGAAACUGUUCCUGAGAUUGUGGACGAUAAUUCAACAGCAACAUCGAUAGCCACCCCAUCCGAACCCAACCUAUCCGUUGACGCAAUAAUGGCCGAACCUGAGGAGAAAGAAGUCGGCAUUUUACAAUCUCAGCCCAUCUUGGAGCAGCCAACACAACCCACAAAAUCCCUCGAAAGCCCAUCGAAGAAGCCCAUGCCUACCCCAGUCGGCCGAUGGUCUCAUCUUACACCCUACGUCGACGGUGAAUUUACUUCUUAUCCAGAGAAAAGGGAACGAUCUGAGGAUGAUGAUGGCAGCGAGGACCCAUCCCAAGAAAAUACCAAAGAAGCCAAUGAUCUUGAUGUUGUCGCAGACGACAAUGACGACCUGCCUGACGUUGGGGCUUCUGAGUUACCAACAGGCGCUCUCAAUACACCCACCCGAGGGUCACCAGUCCCUGAGUCUCUGAAUAUUGAGACCUCUAACUCGCCCGCGCCGGCAAAUGACGACCCUGACUACGCUGAGAUCACUGAGCCGCAAGAACCUCUAGAGCGAGCACUCCGUUUCAAAUAUCGCAAACUUCGGAAUGCUGAUGAUUUCAUCUCUGUCAUUGACAAUUAUGAAAGUAUGAAAACCGAAGAUCUUUAUGAAAUGCUACAAGCAAUCAACGUAUCCCUCGUCGAAUGGCAGGACGAGUGGUCUCAGUUGGGCAAGGUCGUUGAUGACUUCGAAAACGCCUCGCGCAGACGGAUCGCAGAUUCCAAGUAUGAGAGUCGUACUCGGAACCUUAACCAGCAUGGUAUCAACUUCGAAGAGCCAGACUUUGCUGUCAAGGGAUACAAAGCAAAGGAGAGAGAGGUCAUGAGUGAAACCCGGUAUCUGCAACAGCAGGACCGCACUAUGGCAGCUUCUUACGGUUUUGAGUAUGAUCCUCAUCCUUCAAAGAUCGGUCGCCAGAACCCGGAAACUCAACAGGCAGGCGUCACAACGCGUGGCAGAGCACUUCGCAAUCAGCCAAGGCAAACCGCCAAGGCCACUGAGACUGACGGCGUCACGGGCAAGAGGCAACGCAAGGCUGUUCAACUUUUUGAUCCUACUACUCAGGAUAUUAGUAGAAGUUCAACACCUGCGCCAACCCGCGGCAAACGGCGGAAACUCAACGAGAAUGAUGACGCCCAAUCCAUGCCCACAUCCAGCUUCAAUGAGGACGGCAUAUCCGAUGUUGAAACAACUCCGAAUACGCGAAGGAGACGUGGCCCUCGUGCUAAAAAUGCAGCGUCGAAGUUCGAUGGACCAUCCUCUCAGGGUCAAGAUCAGCGCGAAGAACCACCAAAAAGUACUGGUCGCCGAGCCAGAAACAAAAUCUUCGCCCCAGACGACGAGAUGGACAAGCCCAGGCACUAUGAUGAGAUCGAUGGCCAGGAUGAGUCCAAACCCCGUCGCCUUCUCACUCUCAAAAUUCCCAAAGGCACAACUAUUAGCGACACCGCCUCAACAAUUGAAGAUAAUGGCGACUUGAGGCCGUCUACAGCAUCUUCAGACUCGACCACCCAUACGGUUGAAUCAUCCUACUCGUUCAGGCCUAAGCGCCAAAAGAGGUUCAGGGACGAGCCGGACAAUGGAGACGAACCGGCACAAGCACCAGCCAAAAAGAGGGGUAGACGAAACAACGUUGACAAUCGGGGAGAUUACACGAUAGGCGAAGGAAGCUCCCUUCCGUCUGAGAACACAGCCAAUGCUGGCACGGGCCGCAAAGCUCCCAAAAUCAAAGUCAUGAGGCCCACUCAAGAGAGCCGUAACGGCACUCCAACAUCGCAACCUACAACUGAAGGUGGUGAUGAUCAACCCAAGGACUAUAGAGCAAUGACCAAGUCUGAGAAGAUGUCGGCUUCUAUGAAAAACCGUUGGGCAAACGGCAACAUGGCCGGCGCAGUUGAGAAGCGCAAGGCCACCCUUGCUGCUAAAAAGGCGGCUCAAGUGGCAGCCGAGCAGAAGGUUGGACCUAUUGCGCCGAAGCAGAAAAGCAACAAACCGAGCAAAAAAGAGCCCACUCUUCCAGCAGAAAAUCCUGGAUUUCUCAGCAAGGAGUCCAGCACCAACAUGUGCCUCCACAUCCUCAAACUCAUUCACACGACCUUCCUCCUAUGGGAAUUCCUUUUCCGUCCUCAAGAUAAAGAGCAAAUGAGCAACAAUGAGAACAACGGUUCAUACUGA